AUGUCGCUCAUUAUUCCCGAACGAUUCCAGCACAUUCUCCGUGUGAUGAACACGAACAUCGACGGAAACCGCAAGGUGAUGUUCGCCCUCACCUCCAUCAAGGGUAUCGGCCGCCGCUUCUCCAACAUCGUCUGCAAGAAGGCCGACGUCGACCUGAACAAGCGCGCCGGAGAGCUGUCCGAGGAGGAGGUGGAGCGCCUGAUCACCAUCAUCUCGAACCCGCGCCAGUUCAAGAUCCCCAACUGGUUCCUCAAUCGACAGAAGGACAUCCGUGACGGCAAGUUCUCCCAGGUGACGUCCAACAACUUGGACACCAAGCUGCGUGAGGAUCUGGAGCGACUCAAAAAGAUCCGCGCCCACCGUGGUCUGCGUCACUUCUGGGGCCUGCGCGUCCGUGGCCAGCACACCAAGACCACCGGCCGACGUGGUCGCACUGUCGGUGUGAGCAAGAAGAAGAACUAA